AAGGAAAUUUUUUUAAGGUAUUGUAAGCAUGAAAUUUCAAAUUUCCCUAUUAAAAAUACAAUAAUUGUCACUAAUAUUGUAAAGAAAUAUUAAUAUUGGCCAUGGAAAACAUAGUAAAGGCCAAAAGGAAACUAUUACGUCUUUGGAAUUGGAAAUGAGUAUCAUCUUAGUUUCAAGUUUACCGUUGCCUUGCUCAUCCACUGUGAUUCCUUCUCUCUACAACUCAACUCCUUCGAACCCAUCACUCUUUUCCACCUCAGCUCGAUUUUGUCUUCGUCUUCCUCUAUUUUCUCGCCAUUUCAGAGUUCCUACCGCAGCCAAACCAUCGGCCAUGGAAGCCGUCUCCACCGAGCAUAGUGGAGCCGCCGAUAACCAAAGUGACUCUCCAUUGAUGAAGCUCCUCUUCGUCGAGAUGGGUGUUGGCUACGACCAGCAUGGCCAAAAUAUUACUUCGGCUGCAAUGCGUGCUUGUAGAGAUGCCAUUUCUUCCAAUUCGAUCCCUGCUUUUCGAAGAGGGUCCAUACCUGGUGUUUCAUUUGAUCAAAUGAAAUUACAGAUCAAGCUGGGAGUGCCGCAUCCUCUCCAACAAUCUUUGGAUAUUGAAAAAGUUAAAUCAGUUUUUCCAUAUGGUAAGAUACUGAAUGUUGAAGUUGUGGAUGGAGGACUAAUAUGCUCAAGUGGUGUGCAUGUUGAGGAAAUGGGAGAUAAGAAUGAUGAUUGUUACAUAGUAAAUGCAGCGGUUUAUGUUGGUUACUAGCAACUUGUUUUCUCUAAAGUACUGAAUAACCAGGCUUUGAUAUCUACUAAAUUCAAAACUAAGAGACAAAUAAUGAACAUUGAAGAGGGGGAACAUUGUUUUAUUAUCAACACUGCUAGAAAAAUAAAGGGACUUACACAAUAGUUUCAACUAGGAUAAGAUGAGCCAAGUUUAUUUUGAACUAAAUCCUUACACCACCUAGUGGUUACUGAAAUCACAAUUACAAUGCCUUUGCAUUGUAGAUAAAUGGGUUCCUAUCUGUCAAUUCCCAAUACAUCAUUUUGGUUAAUUAUAAUCAAUCACUUUACAGUUGGUUUUC